AUGUUUUCUUACCCUGAAGCUAAGAGGGACAAUACUGUUGAUGUUUAUCACGGAGUUGAGAUCAAAGACCCGUACCGCUGGCUAGAGGACCCAGAGGCUGAAGAGGUCAAGGCGUUUGUUGAUAAACAAAACGCUUUGUCACGGCCAUUCUUAUCGACCUGCGAGUCGGUCGAGCCCCAGGUGAUUCUAGAUCGUCUUAAGCAGCUCUGGGACUUUCCUAAGUAUUCUUUAUUCUUCGACCCGAACACGCUGUCCGAUGACGGGUCAGUAGCAAUUUCCACGACUGAGUUCAGCAAGGAUGGAAAAAUCUUCGCGUACGGAUUGUCCAAAAGUGGUUCAGACUGGAGCGAGAUCCACUUUAUGAACGCAGAGACCGGGGAGAAGUACCCCGAGGUUCUGGAGAAGAUCAGGUACUCUUCAAUCGCCUGGACUCAUGAUAACUUGGGAAUUUUCUAUGGAACCUACCUGGAGCAGCAGGGAACCGUCGAUGGGUCUGAGACUCUCGGUGCUCGGGACCAGAAGCUCUGCUAUCACAAGAUUGGAACUCCGCAGUCUGAAGAUGUGAUUGCUGUGGAAUUUCCCGAAGAACCUCUUUGGAGAAUAGGUGCUGAAGUUUCUGACUGCGGCGAAUAUUUAAUCGUUUCACCGCGCAGAGAUUGUAGAGACAAUUUAAUUUAUUUCACAAAGCUUCCCGAGGAUAAAAAAGUUGAGAAUCUUAAAAGCUUAAAGCUUACUAAGGUUGUUGAAAAAUUCCAAGCUGAUUAUGAUGUAAAAAAAUGGACGGACCUGAUCCCGGAGGACCCAAAGCGGGUCCUAGAUUGGGCAGUAGCCACCCACAAGGAUAAAUUGGUCGUCUGCUACAUCCAGGACGUGAAGCACAUCCUGGAGCUGCACUGUCUUAAAACAGGCGAGCUUCUCAAGACCUUCCCUCUAGAUCUAGGAACCAUCGUCGGGAUCAGCGCCGACAGAGACUACUCCGAGAUCUUCUACCAGUUCACGUCGAUCUUGACCCCCGGGAGGAUCUUCAUGGCCGACCUGGCCAAGGACGAGGAGCCAAAAGUCCUCAGGGAGAUUAAGGUCAGCAACUUUGACCCCUCGGCUUACAAAAUGUCCCAAGUUUUCUACCCCAGCAAAGACGGGACCAAGAUUCCGAUGUUUAUAGUCACUCGCGCCGAUGCUGUUCUUGAUGGGUCCAUGCCCGCGCUCCUCUACGGAUACGGCGGGUUUAAUGUCAGUAUUUAUCCUACCUUCAGUGUCAUGCGGCUUACUUUCGUCCAGCACCUCAAGGGCGUCUUUGCAAUUGCUAAUAUUCGCGGUGGCGGGGAGUAUGGAGAAAAAUGGCACAACGGCGGUCGACUGGACAACAAACAAAAUGUCUUCGACGACUUCCAGUGCGCAGCGGAGUACUUGAUCGCGAACAAAUACACCGAAGCUAAGAAACUAACAAUCCACGGUGGAAGCAACGGCGGACUUUUGGUAGCCGCUUGCAUAAACCAGCGUCCGGAAUUAUUCGGCGCGGCGGUUGCAGACGUGGGAGUUAUGGACAUGCUGCGGUACCACAAAUUCACAAUCGGGUACGCGUGGGUGUCAGACUACGGAAGCUCCGACGACGAAAAGCAGUUCUCGACCUUACUGAAGUACUCGCCGUUGCACAACGUACGCGUGCCGGAAGGGAACCGGCAGUACCCAGCGACUCUUCUGCUUACAGCUGAUCACGACGAUCGGGUCGUUCCACUUCACACUCUCAAGCUUAUUGCGACACUCCAACACGUGCUGGGAAAAUUACCGCAACAAACAAACCCGCUUUUAGCGCGAAUUGAUACUAAAGCCGGCCAUGGACGGGGUAAACCGACCACUAAAGUCAUCGAAGAAAUCAGGGACAUUUUCGUAUUUAUUAUUAAAACGCUUAAUCUUAAGUUUUAUAAUUAA